AUGCUCCGAGUCGCUACCCUGCAGACUAGCAGGACUUGUUCGUACGCCACCCCAAGCUUUGGUGAUUGGUCCACCAUCAACCCUGACGAAGAUCGGCCGUCACUCUGUAUGACGGGCCGUUAUGGUGACGAGAAGUACCAGCAGCCGUGCGAACCGUGGGACAUCCCCGCCUGGCCGCUCAAGGAGUCAACGUCAUGGAUGCGCUUCGACUUCAUGUCAGACUGGGAGUACGAGGAAGAACUGUGGCACGAGCCAAACGUCAAUGUCGAGACUGCCUAUGACGGAGACGAGCUCAUUUGUUUCAUUCUUGCGGAUCGGUCCCAGGAGCUCGAAAGACACGCUUUCGUUUGGGAUCUACCGGACAAAGACGCGGUACGCGAUCGACUUCUCGAGCAGCCUCGAGAGGUUCUGGCCAGGCAGGCCGUCGUCGGCGUCAUUGAGAGGUCUCUCGCGGCUCCGGGCUCGCUGCGAGCAUACUUGGCCGCUCUUGUGCUCAGACAGGCGCGUCUCGGUCGAGACAACGAAUCGAGCACAGACGCCCCGUCUUGUGGAAGCCAGGCCUCGAUAACCGACUCGUCGCGUCGCUCGCUGCCUCGUAGAGUCACUGGUACGCAAGGAAGAGGCGACUUGCUCCGGGUCCACAAGGACGGUACCUUUGUCGUCGGCUGGAGCAAUGAGCAAGGUGCGUGCUUCGAGAUCGAGCAGCUUUACGACGUCCGGCCUCUUCUUGUCGCCCUUUCCAACGCGUCUGGCUCGUCUCGUCGCAUCAGAUCGGUCAUCUCUGCCAUUUUCGGCAGCUUCUCGGCACAUCCGGCCAAGCCCCUUCUCGAGGAAAAGGUUGCGGCUUUCAUCUUCGGUCAAGAGGAUGCUAGGCUAGACGUCCACAGCAUGGGUGCUUUCUUCUGCCGGCUCGCCGCUGAGCAUCGAAACCACUUCCCGACAAAGCGAAACCCCCGAGCUCUCGUUGUCGGCCUGGACUCGUUUCACGUCCUCCCGAAGCCGAAGAAAAAGGACAGCAUCAUCUACGUCCGAAUCACUGGGGGUUAUCUUGUGUCCGAGACCAGGGGUCCCUCAGGGGAGCGUUACGAGGAUUUGACAGUCGCCAUCGAUCGGUAUGACUCAUUCUUCUGCAAGCCCUUGCCGAAGCUCGGCGACAUUCUCGCGUCUCUCGGUAUGACGCUGUUCGUCUAUUACGACAAGGACCAGGACGACGACUUUCUCGUCAACGUGUACGAAGAGGUCUCAAAGGGGCGUGCGAUCCGCGCCUUGCUCUACUAUCCCAUCGCCCAGCAGCUGGCCGCGAGGACGUACGAAGAGUCACUGCGCAUCGCAGAGGCCUGGAAAGGUGUGCAGAGUCUGCGCCAUCCGCACCGAACUCGACCUCACGUCACAACCUCCCCACAGGGAGAACACGCAGUCGUCCUUGACACAGGCCGCAAGAUCGAGGGAACGCCGCAAGUGCGAUUCAUUCCGUACUCGAGCAAGGAAGAGGCCGAGCGGGCCAACCGGCGGUUGCAAAACUACCUGAACGACAAACGGCUAGGCGCGUUGGAUCCGCACGACAUCUUCUGCGUCUGGAAUCUGUUCGACGGGCCGGGGAGCGUCGGUGACGCCCUCUCUCCCAGUUCCUACGACAGCGAAUUUCUCAAGGCCUUGCUGGAAUCUCUUCGUUUCUUCAACGCUCGAACCCUCUGGCCCCCUCCUGUUCACCAACAUGUAGAGACGUAG